UGCAUUCAGGUAGCACUUCUUGUUCACAUGUUGCACACUUGGAAAUUCAAAUUUCCCAUUCAAGCUUUAUAACUGACAGAUACAGGCCAUAGUACCUUAUCCUUCAUCUCUCUCACAUUCUCUCUCCAUCAAACACCAAAACAAAUGAUGAUGCAGAAGCCAACUCUUGCCAUUGCCACAACCCUUUUUACCAUUUUGCUUCUCCUUGAUUCUUCACUCGCUCUCAAGGAAGGACAAAUAUGUGUGGCAAACAAGAACUGCAACUCAGGUUUGCACUGCGAGACGUGUGUGACAAAUGGAAACGUGAGACCACGGUGCACUCGUACGCAACCAAUCAACCCAACUUCAAAGGUGAAAGGGUUACCGUUUAAUCGGUAUUCAUGGCUGACAACGCAUAACUCAUUUGCUCUUCUGGGUCAGAAAUCAAUGACUGGCUCUGUGAUUCUGUCUCCUACAAAUCAACAAGACACCAUCACCGAUCAGCUUAAUAAUGGAGUAAGAGGUUUGAUGCUUGACCUGUAUGACUUCGAGAACGAUGUUUGGCUGUGUCACUCAUUUGGUGGCCAGUGCUACAACUACACAGCUUUUCAACCUGCCAUCAAUGUUCUGAAAGAGAUUCAAGUAUUUCUUGAAGCAAACCCAUCAGAGAUUGUCACUAUUAUAAUUGAAGAUUAUGUUACUUCACCAAAAGGCCUAACAAAGGUGUUUGAUGCUGCUGGACUAAGAAAAUACUGGUUUCCAGUAUCUCGAAUGCCGAAAAAUGGUGGAGACUGGCCAAAGGUAGAUGAUAUGGUGCAGAAGAAUCAGCGUUUAGUAGUCUUCACUUCAAAAGCGUCUAAGGAAGCUUCAGAAGGGAUAGCCUAUGAGUGGCGAUAUUUAGUGGAAAACCAAUAUGGAAAUGGAGGCAUGAAGGCUGGUUCAUGCCCAAAUCGAGCUGAAUCACCAUCUAUGAACACAACAUCAAGAUCCUUAGUCCUGGUGAACUUCUUUCGAGAUCUUCCAGAUGUAGCUCAAUCUUGCAAGGACAAUUCAGCCCCUCUGCUUAGCAUGGUCAGCACUUGCAACCAAGCAGCCGGCAAACGUUGGCCUAAUUUCAUUGCUGUUGAUUUCUACAAGAGGAGCGACGGAGGAGGAGCCCCAGAAGCAGUAGAUGUUGCAAAUGGUCAUCUAGUGUGUGGGUGUGGAAACAUAGCCACCUGCAAGGAAAACAUGGGAUUUGGAGCAUGUCAAUUACCUGAAGCUGAAGCAACUCCUCAACAUGCAGCAGCAAAAGUCUCGAGCUUUGGCAUUCAAAAUUGCAGGCCUGUUGAUUUGUUAUGGUCUUUAGCCACUACUCUUGUGGCUAUGCUCAUUGCAUUGUGAAAGAAUUGUCAUUUCAAUUGGUAAAAUGGAAGUGGAAGAGAGUAGGAGAAAAGAGUAUGAAAAAGAAAAACAAAUUUUCUGGGGUAAUGCUGAAUUGGGCGUCAACAUGUAUGUUCAUCCUCAAUUUCUCCAUUAUUUUUCUUUCAAUCUCUCUCCGUCCAAAAUGUGAACCAUUGGUUUUAUAUCUUAGAUUGGCGAUUCACCUCCAAGCUUUUUUGGCUCACUAAGUUUAAAAUUGGUGGUUCGGGUCUCGAAUGGAGAGUGAUAAAGAAGAAAAUGAAUAGAGAAUAUCUGAUUUUGGUUGCAAAUUCAUGUUUGAAUAGAUUAAGAUGGGGUGUGCUGCAAUGUAGUGAACUUUCUUAUAUUUAUUUGAUUUUUAUUUUAGGGGUGAGUUUUAAAAGCUGUGGUUGUAAUUUUAAAGUCAUAUUAUGUAUUCAAUUCGCUAAAUAAUUAAAGGGUGUGAUUUUUUUUA